AUGGAGGCCUCUCUGCUGCUACUCUGCCUGGGGUUGAUUCUUGUAGGAUCUUCAGGAAACAAAAUGGAGACAAUUAAAGAAUUUUCAGAGGAAGAGAUGCAAAAUGACUUGGCAAAAAGUGACCAAGAAAAACAGACCAUUGAGAUAUUAAUGAACUUGAUUUUCUUGUAUAAAAAUACUAGCCUUAGCAUAUCCAAGGAUAUUGUGUCUUCAUUAUUGACAUUCAGAAGAUUACAUUAUAGCUUCCCCAAGGGAAACAGUCCAGGCAAUGAUAAAGAGUGUUACAAUGACAUAGUGAUCUGGAGAAAAGUUUCAGAAGCUAAUGGGUCAUGCAAGUGGAGCAAUAACUUCAUUCUUGGCUCCAUGGAAGUGAUCUGCAGGCCCUCCAACACCCCCAGCUGCAAGCGUGGACAGAAUCUUGGCAUAAGCUGUUUUGAAAGCCCAGAAUUGGUGGUAACUAUGGGCCAGCUUACUACAGGCCAACUGCUUCCCAGGUGCCAAUACCACAGUGUUACCUCAUUAAAGAAAAUAUUGGCAGUGCUGACAGGUCAUUCCCUGAUGAGCUGGUUAGUUAAUGGUGUUAGAUUGUAA